AUAAACCAGUUGCCAAACACCAGAGAUUUUCGUAUUCUGCAACUGAGCGAGCUUAUUCCUCUCUCUCCAGUUUCCAGCCCCGGCGAGAAAAAUGCUGCAGUUUCCGGCUUUCAUGACACAGUACCCUUGGUCUACAAGGACAAUUCCGACGUCGUUUUUACUGCCGUCUCAAUGGCCUCAACCCCAAAACGAAGAGCUACUGCUCGCCAUGGAAGAGUCUGAUUUUGAAGAAAAGUGCAAUGAAAUCAGGAAGACAAACAGCAACCAGGUGGUCAUUGGCAAAAUGAUUGCUGACAAUGAUAAGGAAGACAUAGAGGCAGAAGAUGAUGAUGCCGACAAUGCUGAGGAAUCUGAGGCUGAAGAAUUUGAGCAGGAAACUGGAUAAAACUACUCUGCAUCUUUGUUUCCUUUCCUGUCUUUACUCUUUAGAAUCCUCAAUUUGCAAUUUUUUGGGGGUUUUUGUUUACUGUAAAUCUGUCACUUUGGAAAGCCAGAGUUUCUGUAAUCGUUGAAUUUUUACCCUUAUAGUUUCAAAUUUAUGUGCCUCUUGAGCCGAUGUUACUUUGAUGGAUGAAUAUAACUUAACAACGCUCCUUUUGGUUCAUUUCCA